CGCUAGAAUCCUUACCUCAUGGCAAGAUGUACAACUGCCCACUUUGUGUAUUUGGUGUAGAGAAAAGAUUAUAGAAAGAAAAGUAGUGCAAAUGUCACUGACAUCGCUCGUCAAACGUGUGUGUGCAAACAUGUAAAGCCAUGGUAUACGAACCGGGUCGCCGGCGAUGCAAGUUGCGUCCAAGGCAAAUCAAGUUUUAUUGCAUGUAGUGGAUAAUAAUGACCCCCUACUGCCGGCUGCAUGCACACAAAUACACCGUAGUAUGAACCCCUUCCAAUAUGCAUUGCGGUAGGUAGGGCUGUGGGAUGAGCAGGGUGACAACCGUGUUGACUGCCGUUAGUUGACGGCUGUUUAUUAUUUAACAUCACUACCUUCGUAUUCUCCACAAUAAAAUCGAUUUGAAGCCGGUAUUCAUAGUGGACAAUUUGUCUAUGUUAUUUGAUUACAUACAUAUGUACAUAAGAACUGGUAUUUACAAACUUGAUUUACAUCGCUACUACUACUACAUUGAAGUGAAAACAAAGAACAUUUAAACUAAAAAAAUAAAAAUAAAAAACUUAUAGUUCACAAAAAAAUAUAUAUAGUGCUUUUAAAACUCAAAUUUAACACACAUUUUAUUUCUUAAAAAUAACAUCAAGCAAAAGUGCACAACAACAACAUUGGUGUAGAAAAUAAACAAAUACUUUGUUUUAUCAAUCUAACAUUUGUAGAGUUUGUCAACUGAAAAUUGUGCAAUUGAAAUUUGUGUUACAAAAAUGUCCGAAGCAACCGCCACUCAAAACUCCUCCGCACGUAAUAAACAUUGUCCGCCGCCCCCAAGACGUAAUAGCAAAAAUUGUGGCGGCGGCGGCACAGAAUAUCUCGAUAUAACCAAGGAGGAGUUUGCGCGCAUCGAAGAUGCAUUAAAAAAAGAAGAAUUUCGAAAAUUAUUCUUUGAAUAUUGUGAAGAAAUACAAGAUCCCGAAAAUCGUAAACUCUACGAACAAGAAAUUAAACAAUUUGAAGCGGAACGUGGCGUGGAUAUACGUUUUAUAAAUCCUGAACCGGGUUUCGUGAUCAAAACCUCCGUGGAUGGUGUGACAAAGUGUUUUGUAAAUGUAGCAAAAAGUGCUGAAUUAACGCGUCCAUCGAAUAAAGUGUGCCUAAAUCCAGAAACGGGUAAUCCCGACUUAAGCUGGUCCAUACCGCUUGCGCAGGCGCCACCACGUGAGGAUCUAGAUGCACAGGGCAAGCGUUGUCGCGUAUAUGAUGUGAUUUUCCAUCCGGAUGCGUUGUAUUUGUCGCAACGGGAUUCCGCUUUUCGUAAGUGCCUCAUUGACACAGCGCUGGACGCUGUCGAAAGAGAAUUCAAGGUGAAUUUGGAUCGUACAAAUUUGAAAUUUCCAAAACUCCAAUUUAAGGGUAUGGCACGCCCAAUUGUGAUACGCACAUUGUCGAAAAAUGCGCCACCAGAGGCUGCCGAACCACAUCCGCUAGAUGGCAUUUCACCUGCCAAGCCAUCAGCUGAUGCCGGCAAACCCAAAAUCAUACCGCUGAAGACACAAAAUGUUAUAGCAAAACCUGAAUUUAAUGUACCCAAAUAUGUUAUUAAGCAUCGUCGUGAUGUUGAUCUCACCGAAUACACCUAUGAAUUAGACGCUAAGUUCAGUGUGACUGUGCCGCGUGAGUUAGUGAUAGAAAUUGAUUUGCCGCUCCUCAAGUCCACAGCCGAAUGUAAAUUAGAUGUGACUGAGAAGUCAUUGUAUUUAUUAAGCGAUCGCCCCGGCGCAAAGUAUCGUCUCAAUUUAGAUCUCCCCUAUGCCGUGGAUGAUAAACGCGGUGUGGCACGCUUCGAUACAGACCAGCGUCGUUUGUGUAUAACACUGCCAGUUACGCAGCAUAGUCCAAGGAAGCAACGUGCCAUGCAUGAUUCCAUUUGCCAACUUAAUCGCGAAGACAGCGGUGUGGAGAGUGAUAUACGCGAAGAAGGCAAUUUGCAUUCGAAUAGCGAAUCGCCGGUAGAGGAGCUGAGUGACACGGUGGAGGAAAAUCUGAGCGCAUCAGGGGACACUGUCAAUUCGCCGCAGUCUUCCGCCACACCAGUGCAGCCACCAUUCAGCACGGCCACCAAUUUCCUUAAGAGUUCCAUUCAGUAUCAACUGCCCGCCAAAUUCGACUGCAAUGUCUUGGACAAUGUUAUGUCUUUGGUGCUACACGUUCGCAAUGUACAGCCAGAGUCCAUAGCAAUGCUUAAGAACGUCAAGAGUCUGCAUCUGCAAUUCACAUCGAUUGGCAGCGGCUAUUAUCCGACGCAUUAUGCGCUCUACCUGCAACUGCCGGACGAAUGUAAUGCAGAAAUUUCCUCGGCGGAAGCUGAAGCUUGGGAAAAUAAUGUCGUAUUGAAUCUGAAUAUGGCUGCCUCCAGUGAAAAUAUCCACAACUACUUAGUGGGUAUUGAUGCUAGCGAUUUGAAAGAGUAUACAAUACAGGGAAAAUUCAAAUUGGCUCACAAAUCGCGUCAGUCGCGUAAGAAAUCGCCACCAACACCACCAAUUUCACUUUCCUCAUCAUUAGAUAUUUCAGUGGAGCGUUCGGAGUGUGAACGUUCGGUUGAAAUCGAAAUAAAACCAACUAACGAAGUUCAGUCAACAUGCACCGCCAACACCACAGAAGAUGAGGAUGGUUUGUUGCAUGCAGCUGAUGCCGUGCCGAAGAAAGUUAACAAGAAACAAAAGAAGAAGAAUAAGAAGCGUCGUUCACUCUCCGAAUCGGUGUGUGACGACAUCAAAGUGUAUCAAAAACAGCAGCAACAACAACAGCAAGAGCAGCAAAAGCAAUUUUUGAAAGAGGCAGCCAAAAUUUUGAAUGAUGAUUCUUCUAAUUCACCGGAUGAUAACUCAUCACCGGAACGCAACGACACACUCAACACGAACUUACAGCCACAAGCAAUGAACACCACGCAAUCAAUGGCUGUACCAAAUGGUGUGCAGCAGCGUAAACAACGUAGCUAUUCGGAGUGUCGCAGUGGUGAUAGUAUUGUGAGUAGCGGUGCUUCCACGCUACCCACCUCAUUCAAGGGUAUUCUGAAACGAUAUAGUCGUUAUGAGCCGCGCCCAUCGAUUUCCGAUAGCUGUUCGUCUAUCGAUGAGUACUCGUCGUUCUCUUGUUCCGUGGAUGGUGGCGUGGGAAGCAGUUUGCGCUUCUCGCAUUCUUUCAGUGACAUACCGGAGGAGAAUGACUCCAAUAGGCUAUCGGAGAGCUGUAAAAAGACUGUUAGAUUUAAUGAGGUCAUCAAGGAGCAGGUGUUUAGGCUAAAUUCCAGCAUUUUGGGGCAACGUAAGAAGAAUCAGAAGCGCCGUGAUCGCAAACAACGCGCUUUGCAGCGCCGCCUCAGCGAAGGUGAUUCCGCCGACUACGAAGAUAACAGCAAGCCCAUUGAUUUGGACGACACCGACACCCAAUAUCUGAAAUCGAAAUGUAAAGUGGGUGACAGCGCAGACAACAACAACAGUAUUCAUAAGCCGCCGCACGCCGGUGGAAAGCACUCCAAUAAAUAUAACGGUGCCAAUAAACAUCAGCAGCAUCACUACGGCAAGGGCGGCAAUAAAAUGCAGCGUGCUCGUCUCGAAUCAGAGGAAUCAUCCGAUGCAGAUGCACACCGGAACACAAUGAUGUUCGAACUUGAUAUGUAGUGAUAGUGGCCGCGUAGCGUAUACAUGCGCCACAGCCGCGUGGAAUUGUACAAACAACAAAACAAUCAUUAAACAAAAGCAACACAAACCACCAGCAGCCAUCGUAAUUAAACAAAAUCGUCUCAUCUUACAUUGUUUGUAUAUUGUAAGCGGUGCAUGCACAACUACAUAUACACAAACAUACA